GUAGCAAGAUUCAAGAAUAAGGUUGAGCCAUGUUUCUUGGAAUCUCUUCUUCGUUCCUUUCUUCUCCUCUCAUCCAAACUUCACACACGUCCACGCCCUUCCAUCAUCUCAACAUCAAAUUGAAUUUGAAUCUUUCGCGCCGUAAUUCUACCCCCAAAUCGAUCCAAAACAUUACGAAUUCGCCAUCGACAUCAUCAUGUAGCAGUAGCAGCAGCAGCAGCAACAAGAUUUGCUUAUGUGGGAGAAGGGCAUUUUUAGCAACAAUCUCCACAGCUCUCAUCCCAAUUCGCUAUUCCAAUGGCUUCGAUUCGCUUUCUGAUGAUCCCAUGGCUGUGCUGAACAGGGUUCACCCUCCAAGACCAGAUUGGUACGAGGAAUUUUACGCUACAGCCAUGGAUACAACAAUGAAAUCUUACGAGACUGAGAUUGCAGGUUAUAAGUCGCAACUUUUUGCAAAUCUAACAGGGAAGCCUGCAAAUAUACUGGAAAUAGGCAUAGGAACGGGUCCUAAUCUCAAAUACUAUGCUAGUGCGACUUCUGAUGCAAAUGUAAUCGGUGUAGAUCCGAAUAAAAAGAUGGAAAAGUACGCUCAAGCUGCAGCAGAAGCUUCUGGUUUACCUCAAAAGAAUUUCAAGUUUAUUCAUGCCGUUGCAGAAGCAUUACCUGUAAGUGAUGCUUCCAUGGAUGCAGUGGUGGGCACUUUGGUGCUAUGCUCUGUUAAAGAUGUUAACAAGACCCUUCAGGAGAUCAAAAGGGUUCUUAAACCAGGUGGGCUUUACAUAUUUGUGGAGCAUGUAGCUGCCAAAGAUGGUUCGCUUCUGAAAGUUAUGCAGAGUUUUUUAGAUCCAUUGCAGCAGGUGGUUGCAGAUGGAUGUCAUCUUACUAGAGAAACAGGAGAGACUAUUUCUAAAGCUGGCUUCUCAAAUGUUGACAUGAAAACAGCUUUUCUUUCUUCUGCAUCAUUAAUAAACCCUCAUGCAUAUGGAAUUGCUUGCAAGUAAUUAAGUAAUAUGUAUGCACAUAUGUACCAUUUAUCUAUGUUCUAUUGGUUAAAUUCAUCGUGUUUAUGUGA